CUCGCAUUUCCUCUGCGUCGGCCAUUGUCUUGACCACAUAUGCAUACUUAAAAAACCCCAAUUUUCCUUCUUUCUCUCUCCAACCUUAAUCCAAUCGUCAUUUCCCAAGCUCUCUCUAAAGAAAAAGUCAAUUUUUAGAAGAAAAUUUUAAUUUCUUGCUGUAUAAAUACCAAUAUAAAUACCUCUGCUCUCCAUUUCUUCCCUCUUUCUCUUUCUCUCUCUUCGUUUCUGAAGUUUCCUCGGAUCAUCUUGUUUAAUAUUUUUGAAAACAAUUCUGAUAAAAAUCAGAAGAAGAACAAGCACCGUAGAGGGAUCAGAGAAGAACUUUUCUCUGUAAUUUUUAUUUUUUAUUAUUAAUUUUUUUGGCCCAAUUAAUUUAAAAAAAUUAUAAAAAAUUAUAUUGAAUCAACUAACGAGCGGUUUAGUCUUCGAUCCGAGUCGUUCUUCAAUGGACUCCGAUUUCUGGACCUCACGCCUCGCUGCCGCAAAACGCCAAUAUACAUUGCAGCACCACCAUCAGAGCUCCAAUUUAGAUCGGUUGAGCAUAGAUGAUUUUGAGGUGGAGGACGAGGUUCGACCCGAGUUCCCGUGCCCGUAUUGCUAUGAGGAUUUCGACAUCGCGUCCUUGUGUUCGCAUCUCGAAGACGAGCACUCUUGCGAGUCUAAAGUCACCGUUUGUCCGAUUUGCUCUGUUAAAGUUGCAAGGGACAUGUUAAGUCAUAUCACACUGCAACAUGGGCACUUGUUCAAGUUGCAGAGACGUCGCAGAUUACGUAGAGUUGCCAUUCCUAACAGUCAGGCACUAUCUCUUCUUGGUCGGGAUCUUCGUGAAGCUCAUCUGCAGGUGCUUCUAGGGGGUGGUGGAUAUCGAUCAAAUAAUGCUAGUGUGUCAAAUGGAGCUACUGAUCCAUUUCUAUCAUCUCUUAUCUUGAAUUUUCCUACAUCAGAAUCUGAAGAAAUUUCAAAAUCUGUUGUAACUAAUGCUGAUGACACUUCUGCAAAGAAUGGGGUACCUACACAUAUUUGGAAAUCAAGUAGUUUUGAUCCUUCCUUGAGUUUCGAAGAGCGGGAGAAAAAGAUGAGACAAGCGGCUGGAAGAGCUGGUUUUAUGCAGGAUCUGCUUCUUACGACUUUGUUGGGAGACUAAUGGAAUCCGUAAGCUGUUUUUAAAUAAUGGAAAUGAGUUAUUUACCGUCCUGUUAAGGGGAACUUUUGGGUUGGUUUUUCACGGUAUUGCUAUGUGGGACAAAGCCAUACAUGGCACAAAUGACUAUGCAAUAGCACUAUGAGUGCUUAGGUGAUUAAAUUCCAUCCCUUUGUACCUCCCUUAUGAACCGGGAUGUAUUACGUUCUGAAGAAACAAUGGUCAUUUAGUUUUAUGGGAAACUUUAUUUUGUGAUGUA